AUGUCUUCCGUUGCUUGGGACGUGAUCAUCACCUCGUUGCUGGGGGUUAUGGUGGUAGUGAUCGCUGUCUACCAAUGCCUUUCUCCCUCAACCCCGCCUCAGGCUGAUGCACCUACAAGUAACAAUGGAGGAAGGAAUCUUAGCCCUCCGGCGACUUUCAGGCUUGAAAUUCUACCCAAAUACGGAAAAUGGGAUGCAUCUAUGGUCGAUAAGCAGGAAGUGAAACGACUUGUCAGGGAAGCCUUUGAAGUCGGUCGUGAUGUUACGAUAUCCAUUGAAUCGCUUGCUAGCCACCCUUUUCGAGAACAACUAGUUGCAACACUAACCUUCUCGAAAAUACCGGACAGGAUGGUACAGAUGGGAGCGCCAGAUCAACACUUCUCAGACAAUAGAGAUCUACCAGACAAGUCGUUGUAUCUCGACACUCAUUUCCAUGGAUUUACUCCUUUACAUUCUGAGUUCUCAGAGUUCUCAGAAAACUCUGAGAACUCUGAGAAAAGCCUGGAUAUUAUCGCGUUGUCAGGUCUGAAUGGCCACGCGUUUGGAUCCUUUAAGCGCAAGGGAGGUAGGUACAUGUGGCUUCGUGACGACCUCCCUAUCUCUAUGCCAAAUUGUCGAGUCUUCAUCUACGGAUACAACACUCAAUUACAAGAGAGCUCAUCAUUCCAGAGCUUAGAAGAUCUUGGGAUAGCUUUCAAGGAUGCUUUGAGAUACCUAGUCAAAGCUAAUCGAAAGAGGGGUCAUCCCAAAUCUCUUGUCCUUCUUGGACAUAGCCUCGGCGGCUUGGUUAUUAAAGAGGCCUUAUGCAAAUUGUCCGAAGCCCGAACCACUGAUGGUGAGAUCGUUUUGAAGUCACUCCGGAGCAUCAUGUUUUUCGGAACGCCAAACCAAGGAAUGGAUAUCAAAUCACUAAUUCCAAUGGUUGAAGGACAAGCCAACGAAUCAUUUCUCCGAUCACUCGGGAGAGACUCCCCAGAUUUGCGUCGACAAGCGCAGCAAUGGACGAAGGCAUUUGAUAACGACCACAAUUCCGUCGUGGCCAAAAACCUGGAGAUAAUGUCGUACUACGAGACCUGUAUUUCCCCCACGGCAAUACAGGAAAAUGGAAAAUGGAAGAUGUGUGGACAGCCAGUCGAGCUGGUGGACAGGUUUUCAGCAACUCAUGGGCGUUCUUGGGAAAUGAAGGAACGUUAUGUCCAACCGAUUGAUCGGAAUCACUCGGAGCUUGUUAAGUUUUAUGGACGUACUGAUCCGGCAUACGUCAAUCAUGUGCUGCCUCGACUGCAAGAAUUUUUAGAUAAUUUGGAUCAAGACUCGACUGCUUUGCAGUACACGAAAGAACUGUGCCGUUUGCUUGAAGUGAUGUGCGCGAAAUCGGAGCCACCGGCCUUAGUGGAGCAGCUCUGCGAAUCACCCGAUAUUGAACAAAGCAUGGCAUGGUUCAUCGAGAGCCCAGAGUAUCGGGUUUGGACCGGAUUAAGGUCCGCAAGGCUCUGGCUUCAAGGAACAUCGGGAGACGGGAAAACCGUUAUCAUGUCCUACAUUUUGAGAAGUCUACACCAGCCUUCUCUACAGACAGACAAGCCUGACAUUGCGUCAGCCUUCUGCUCAAGUGAAGACUCCGAGGCCGGAAUAGUGGCAUCGCUUGCAACUCAGCUCCUCAAACAAAAUAAAGGUCGAGCUAAGGCUGUGCAAACAGGCUUUCCAAUCAAAAAGUUCGAGCAAUGCAGAGAACCGUGGGAAUUAACGCGACUCUUAUGGGAGUUGCUAGUAGCGUCCGUCAAGGCGACGACCCAGCUUGAAACUGUCUUUUUCGUCGAUGGUAUCGAUGCAUUGUAUGACUCUGUGCGAUCUUCGUUUCUCCGAAACUUCAAUAUGCUUCAGGAACAGGUUGCGCCCUCUCCAAUACGAGUGUUAGUGUCUUCGACAGUUGACGAAAAUACGAAGCAUACACUUGCCCAUUAUUCGAGCAUAGAUAGAGAAAAGGAGAGAAGAGCUCCAGAGUGCCUGAAGACGCUUGCUUUUCAAGAAUGGAACGCAAGAGAAAGUCGGGUGGAAGAUAAAAAUGAAGGAGGGGCAUGGCUAUCCUCCCACUCCGGUUAUAAAGACUGGAGUAGUACAUCUACCCCCUCGGUCUUGUGGUUAGAAGGGAAACCUGGAAGUGGUAAGUCAACAGUGACAAAGGUUAUUGUACGCAAACUCGAGAGUAAGAAACACGAUCUGGUUUGUGACCAGAGCAGUGUCCCAAACUACAGCCUCCAACAAGAAAAACGAACUUGGACCUCCAACAACCCCGAAGACAAGAGAACCAUCGUUGCGAGAUUCUACUACAGCUUCCGUGGUGGAAACACCGAGACAAGCCACGAGCUUAUGCUCCGAUCAAUUGUUUACCAGAUCUGGAAACAGAAUAGCAAGCUUUUCCGACUCCUUCGCGACCGAUACCGGGAGUUAAAGAAAAAUAUGGGCGAUGUAAGAGAGCAGAAAGCUCUUUGGAGUUACGAUGAUCUCAAGCAGGCCUUAAACACCCUUCAUCAAAUUGACUUCGAUCUGAAAGUUGUGAUUGUGGUUGAUGGAAUGGAUGAGUCAGACAACGACAGACGGACCGAUGUACUCCAGUUUCUGCCUAGCCUCGCAGUUCAUCAUAACAGCAGUUGUAUCGUCAAAGUCUUAAUCGCCAGCAGGCCGGAGAACGAUAUCAACAUCAGAUUGAGAAACGCAUGCUCGCAUCAUAUCAAGCUUCAGCAAGUAAACGAGGUGGAUAUCAAAUUCGUUGUGGAUAGUUGGAUCGAACAGGUGGUGUCUGGGUAUAAAUGUGGAAAGGACAUUUUUCUGUUUAUCAAGGACCAUAUUAUGAAACACUCGUCAGGAGUUUUCUUGUGGGUGACACUAGUCCUGAGAGAUGUGGAACAGUGUAUUCUCAACGGCGGUUAUAGCAAAGCCGACCUUGACAAGAGAGUCGCUGGCUUUCCCAAGGAGCUUGGUGGGAAGGAUGGCUUCUACAGAGUGAUGAUUGAUAUAUUGAUCAAGAAUUUCAAAGGAGACAGGGAGGAGCAAGAAGAGCGGGGGCGAAGAAUGUUGGCCUGGGUAACCUUUCCGAAACGACCUCUAUUAGUUGGUGAGCUUCAGGACGUUUUGGCAACCCCUCCUCUCUCAAGGGUUAUUGUCGUCUUGUGGAGGCCUAGUCGAGAUUCAGACUCCGAACAGGUCGUUCAACUCAUACAUCAGACUGCGAGAGAAUUCCUCCUGGACAAGAGUCAUGUCGCCGAGCCAUACCAUCUUGAUGAAGUGCAAGGAGAUAUGGAGAUAGCAAUCACUUGUUGCCGAUACAUCCGUAUACUGUUCACAGCGGCCCUUCUCCAAAUGGAAUACGAUGCUGACUUUCCGCAAGCUGAAAAGCUGGCGGAGCAUCUUUCAGGGCGCGAGUUACUCUUAUAUGCACUUAAUAAUUUCGCUGCACACCUUGAUCACUUGAAAAGAAACGGCAAGGAAAAGGAGAUACGUCUCGAAUUCGAAAGUUUCGUUAACGACUUGUCGGAACGGUGCAAUUCCUACGCUUGUCUUCUACUUUGGCAAUGGAUCAAGACUCUGAACUGGACGAAUGAACUGUCUGUGAACGUGAACGAGGCUUCUUCGAGGUCAUGUAUUCGGGCAGUAUUGUCCGGCGCUACAGAUACCGGGAGACUUGACGUAGCUCAGGUGUUACUCGCUCUUCGAGUAGACAUACUUCACUUGGAAGUCCAGGCAGGGAAUGUGGAUUCUACGCGGCUGCUGCUUGAGGCAGGUGCCAGCAUUGAUGCUAUAGAUUCAAGCGGACGGAUACCGCUCUAUUUGGCAUAUGAGAAUGGACGGGAGGAAAUAGCACAGAUGCUUAUUGAGCAUGGUGUGAAUAUCGUAUCAAUCACGCGGAAGGUGUCAGUUAAUAAUCACAAAACAUUUGAGUGA